AUGAUCACGACGUCAACGAACAUCCCGAGCGCGGAUCGACCUCGUUGGACAUCUCCGGACCCAAUGCACCAACCGCCAACAACCGCAAAUGCUGCCUCCACGACCGCCUCUGCUCCGAUCCCCCCCCCCUCCACACCAACCACGAUGACGCCCACCUUCAACACCGUUGCUUCAAAUCCUUGUGCCCCACCGCCGUCGAUCCCCGGCACCUCCAUCAUCUCUGCCAUAAUCACCGCUGCGACGAUGAACACAACCCCCUCUAUCACCCCCGCCAUCGACGGAAACCCUCCUGACGCCUCUUCGACCACCACCCUCAGCAUCAUCACCCCACCUUCAGCGAAAUGGACUCGGAACUAG